AUGACUGAUGUUAAUAAGGAUCCAGACGGCCCUUCUGUUUACCCUAACUAUGCUCUGCUCUUAAAGAGAGAAGCUACUUUUAAAGAUGGAUGGCCCGAUUCUUUAAAAGGAUUAUUACCAGACUUACCCAAAGCAGGAUUUUAUUACAGAGGAGUGAGUGAUAAGACCAUCUGUUUUCAUUGUGGUUUGCAUUUCACCAACUGGGAUCCCGAGGACGAUCCCUAUGUAGAACAUGCUUAUUGGAACCCUAAUUGUCCUUACAUCAAUACUAUUAAAGGGUGGGUGAUGAAUGUAUUUAUUAUCUCUUUAGACCAACUGGGAUACAAACCUUUACCUCAAGUUAAACCUCUACUACAUCAAACCUCUACCGACAUCCAGGCUACAGGAAAAUGUCACAUUUGUUUAGAGGAAGAAUUACAAAUUGCUUUACUCCCUUGUGGACACGUACGCAGCUCUGUUAAGGCUUCAUAA